GUCUUGUAAUCCUUUUUCGUGAAAAUAUAUUUGGGUAUAAGUCAUACAAAGAUUUGGUAUAUUUAAUUAAAGAAGAAAUGUCUUUUAUUCCUGUUACUGAGGAUAGUCAUUUUCCUAUACAAAAUCUUCCUUAUGGUAUUUUUUCUACUAAUGGAACGGAUCCUCGCAUUGGCGUUGCAAUUGGUGAUCAUGUAUUAGAUUUAAGUAAAGUUAAGCAUUUGUUUGAUGGUCCAGAACUAAAAAAUAAGCAAGAUGUAUUUGCACAGACAACUUUAAAUGCAUUUAUGUCUCUUGGGAGGGCAGCUUGGAAAGAAGCUAGAGCAACAUUGCAAAAACUUCUCUCAAAAGACGAGGUUAUUUUACAAAACGAUCAUUCACUGAGAGAAAUAGCAUUGGUUCAUCAAAGUCAAGUAAAAAUGCAUCUACCUGCUAAAAUUGGUGAUUACACAGACUUUUAUUCUUCUCGGGACCAUGCAACAAAUGUAGGAAUCAUGUUUAGAGGAAAAGAUAAUGCCCUUAUGCCAAAUUGGCUGCACUUACCAGUUGGUUACCAUGGAAGAGCUUCCUCAGUUGUUGUAUCUGGUACUCCAAUUAGAAGACCCUGUGGCCAAUCAAGCAUUGAUGAAAUUACUCCAGUUUUUGGACCAUGUAAAAUUUUGGAUUUUGAACUUGAAAUGGCAUUUUUUUGUGGACCUGGAAAUAGUCUUGGUGAAACAAUUACUGCUGAAAAUGCAAAUGAUCACAUAUUUGGUUUUGUAAUCAUGAAUGAUUGGAGUGCUCGAGAUAUUCAAAAAUGGGAAUACUUGCCGCUUGGUCCAUUCACAGCAAAAAACUUUGGUACUACUAUUUCACCAUGGGUUGUAACUGUUGAUGCUCUUGAACCUUUUCUAUUAGAAAAUAUUUUACAGGUUCCAGAGCCAAUGCCAUAUUUGCGUCACAGUGACCCUUUCCGGUUUAAUAUUGAGCUUACAGUUUCUAUAAAAGGAGAAGAUAUGACUGAACCUGGUAUUGUUUGUCAAUCAAACUUCAAGCAUAUGUAUUGGACGCCAAAACAACAGUUAGCUCACCACACCGUUACUGGAUGCAAUAUUCAACCUGGUGAUUUAAUGGGAUCAGGAACAAUAAGUGGACCAGAUCAAUCGUCAUUUGGAAGUAUGCUCGAGUUGUCGUGGAAAGGUACUCGAGAUGUUCUACUCGGAAACGGUCAUUCUCGAAAGUUUCUAAAAGACGGUGAUAAUGUGAUAAUGACCGGUUGUGCCGUAGGAAAUGGUUACAGAGUUGGUUUUGGUGAAUGCACUGGAACUAUUUUGCCUGCUCAUUCUUACUAAGCACGUGUUUUGUUCUAUCGCAUUCUCGUCGUAACUCUCAUGCAGUUCUUCACGCGCACAUUUUCAUAUUUUUGAGUAUAUUUUGUAAAAUGA